AUGCUUACUCUGAAACCUUUCAUGUACAUAGUGAUGAUAUUGUUUGUUCUCUCUUCAUCUUUGGAUUUUUACCUAAUGAUUCAACGCAUAAUCAUAGACAUGAGGGAUUAA